AUGCUACAAAACUAUGAUUGCUUGUCAGUGUUCUUCAUGUUACAGAUUUGUUUCCACGUCGAUGGCAAUAAGAAUAAUCAAGGUCUCACAUUUCUUGCAAUCGGAGAUUUCGGCGGAAUUUCAAGGCCACCUUACACUACACAUAUGCAAAGGAAGGUAGCAGAAGUUAUGGGUCAGGUAAUAUUGUUUGGAUCUGGAACACAUUUUAGACGAAACGAGAAGAACUAUGAUUCUUAAACACAAAGUCAUGAUGUUAGAAAUCUAUUUUUGCCAAAAGGGAGGAAUCCGACUACUUUCAGGAAGCAAAUAGUUUAGACCGUUUAUAACUUUGAUAAAUCAUGCAAAGCCGGUAAACAAACUAUUCUUGAGGCAUUCUAUAUGUUAGGAUCGCCUCAAUUUGAAAUUAUUAAUAGGCCAAGGCUUUUCAGUUUUACAGUUUGUAUUUUUAUGCAUUCGAUCCCGACUGGCAGUGCCUUCGUGGCAGAAUUAUGAAACUCACCGAAAACUUCAAUUUACGGAAAGCGAGUGCUUGGUUGAAUCGACAGACAUGGAAACUGAUAUUGCUUAUUCUAUGUACUUAGUUUCUAAUGAAGAGGAGUUUUAGACUCUCUCGAAAGCUAGAUCGAUACAUAUCAAGUGUUUUAAAAAUUCGUGUAGAGAACGAACACGGAAGUUUUAGAAGAACUGCCUUCGCUAUCAACAGUUCUGAAGUCGGUGGUUUGCAUGAGGUGAUUAAAAUUGCAUUGUAAACAGCCUUCUGCCACGUCACCAGAGUGAAUACAAUAUUAUCAAUUCACAUGGUUUUUGAGAGCAGAAUCGAAAAUGCCACAACGAGAUACUCGUUUCUUAUUAAGCAAUUAGUUCAAUUUUAUUAGAAGUGGCUCUGUAAUUUUAUCUGACGUCGAUGUUAGCUUUUGUACUAAGAAAUUUGUUAUCAAGCGGAGGAAUCGGGGCAAAAACUGUUUUCUUUUUUUCGUUUUGUCUGUUCUGCGGCCCUGUGUUAUAUAGUUGUUCCUUUGAAGUUCAAAGUCUGUGUCGAAAAUCUCAUAAAAUGAUCGAUGUUUUACUACAGUCAAGGUAACAUUUUUGAAACAGAAAGAUCAAGAACAAACGAGGUUAAGAUUCAGAGCCUCAUAAUUUUUGAACGCUUUAACGCUGAGACCGCGGAGAGUUGGUUCCUUACCCAAUAUGGUUGGUGUUAUUCGUUCUUUACACAGCCAUAAAGUACAUUUGUUGGUAACAAGAUUCGCCUACUGGAUUAUAAUUUUCAGUUUUGCUAACUUAGUACAUUUUACCUGCAUAAUUACGUAACUAAGUAAAUACUUACAUAAACAUAUUAAUGCUUUCUCACCAGUCGCAGUUCGGGAAAUGAGCCCGCGCGUUUCUCGAAAAAAGCGGAAAUCGAGUCUGUGAUAGAUGUUAUGUUCCUUUCCCUCUUUUGUUUAUUUCUGCUAUUCAAUUCUUUUUUGCUUAAGUUUUGACAUGUUUCGUUUAGUUAUAUUGUUUCUCUCUGUUUUGUUCUUAUUAUUUCUGUUUUUUUAUUUGUUUGUCUUUUCAAUUUUGUGCUGUCUUUAGUUAUUUGCUUUGCUUUAUUCCAUUUAUUUCGCUUCUUUUCUCCAUUUUUUUAUUUCAUUAUCUACCCUUCAUCUUCUCAUCAAUCUAGUAUUGAAAUAUACGUAUUAAAAUACAUUAUUAUUUUCACUAUUACUAUUAUAAUAUUAUUAUCACCUUUAUCUGUGUAACGAUUUUAUCUUCUCUUUUAGUAUGCCGAUUCAGGAAAGGCACAAUUUGUUAUUGGGUUAGGUGAUAACUUUUAUGGCAAUGGCGUCAAGACCGUGGACGAUCCAAGAUUUACUACCACCUUUGAGCGCGUGUACACGAACCCCACCCUUGUUUCAGCCACGUGGUACAUGAUCGCUGGAAACCAUGACCACGACUCGAACGUGUCUGCACAGAUAGCUUACACCAAGGUUUCCCGUCGCUGGCAUUAUCCAGAUUUCUUUUACAGUCAAGGUAACAUUUUUUGGUAAUGCAAAGGAGAGUCGUCAACCUCGAGAUGACUUACAUGCCACAAAUUAAAGGUCGUGUGCCAAUCGAUCGGCUGUUUGAACCGCAUCUAGUUUAAGUAAAAACGGUGGAAGUUCCCGAUAGACAAUAAACAACCGUUUUCGGUUAAAAUGCUGUGACUCCUGUAGCUUUCGAGCAGCCCUCAUAACUAGCGCUGCUAGACGCGGGGUUUUAAUUUCUCUGUCCCCGAGAAGAUUUAAACGAGUCAAGGAAGGGUUUGCCUGGAGUCUGGCUCUAAUAAUUAGUAACUAAUUAAUUAAAAAAUCAAUUAUCACUAUCACUUGAGCCCGCGCGUUUCUUCACCUGCGGGAAAGUAUGAGGCCUUUAACAACGCGAGUCGGCGAAAGGUCUGCAGGGGGUCUGGCACUAGUACUGAGUUAUUUUCAGUACAAGACCUUCGGCAAGCCUCUCCCCGACCCGUCUCAAAUCUUCCUGCGGGAGGAGAAACGCAGUGCUAACUUUAUAAGGGCCGGCUCGUCGGCUUUAGUUAUCGAAAAGGAAGUCUCCCUUUGAUAAUAGUUUAUAUAUUUUUAAUUUUUUCAGUGUUACAGAUUCCUGACACACUUAAGACUGUUCAACUUGUCAUGAUAGAUACAACUCUGCUCUGCUGCAGAAAGUAAGCGCAUUUUGUUCUUCUGUUUUUCGGUAAAUUUCUGCUGGUUUGUAGAAAUUCCCAUAAAAUUAAUGACUUUACCCCAACGUAACUCGUAAGAUUGAAGCACUUCUCGAUUGAGCGUCAUAAAACCAAAACCAAAGGUAUUACAACGGCAAUCAGAAGAAGGGAAAAUACCCUGAAGAGCCAAUGAGUACUCAAAGUAAAAACAACCCAACCGCCUAAAGCGCGUGAAAGUGGUGUGAUUUGUCUGGAUAGAUAACAAAGCAAUUAAAGCAAAACCAAGGUAAAACCUCUUUGAUUUCGACAUUCAAUCGAAAAUUGCACCACUAAAUCAAACCUUUUCUGUAUUUUACUCUUUUUGCGCAGUCGAUGGAUGGAUAAAAUGAAGUUACCGAGUCAGAAACAACAGCUGAAGUGGCUAAAUAACAUACUCAGAAGUUCAACGUGAGUAUUGAUUAAAAGAUAUUUGAGAACAGCAAAGGAAUGCCCCACACCAAACAUCAUAUGUUGUUGUCACGAACAUGGAACAUUGUACAAACCCCGGCCUCAAAGUCGGUCUUUGAUUCGUCAAACCAGCGUUGCAUCUUGAAAAAAUAAUAGAACGAGGAGAAGACGGUUGCCGACGCUCUUAUUUUCCCUCUCUGUCCCUUAUUUUCUCUUAUGCACCUAUCUGGACUUACUAGUGAAUUUCUUUGGAACACAAGUUCCCAUCUCAAUUUUCUGUCAAACUGAUUUUCAGAGCGGAUUAUCUCAUAGUAGCCGGUCACCAUCCAGUUUUAUCAGCUGGCAUCCAUGGCAACACUAAGUAUCUUGUAUCUAAGCUCAAACCAAUGCUGGAGGAGAAUGACGUCACGGUUUAUCUCAGCGGACACGAUCACAAUCUACAAGUGAGUAGGUGCAUAACUGAAAAAUCUGUCGCUAUAGCAACUUUGAUGACUAAACUGUGUUAAUUCAAGAGGGGAUUAAACCAUAGUUAGUGGAAUUGAAUGUUUGAAAAAGCUUACAAAAAUCCAAAGUAAAAACGUCAGUGUUCUCUGACCCUGCACAAACUUCGCGACACAAUCAUUUGUAUGCAUAGAUUUACCUGGGAUCUUUGGAAUCGAGAGCAAUCUAAACCUGGAACUGAAAACGUAUUUACUUUUAAGAAACAGGCUAAUUGCACAAUGGAUCGACCGUUAUUAAUCCCGAAAUUGUUCCAUUCACAUGUGUUAACGGGAACGGAUCCAGGAUCUUUGUUUAGGAGGGGAUGCACCACUAAAGAAUGACCUAACUGAAGACAAAUUUAAAAGCCAACAACGAAGAAGAAGGCUUAUGACCUUAAAUUAGAAAGCCGCAAGUCACCCUGGAAGGGGGUGGGGGGGAAGGAGUGUGCUCGCCAUGCACCCCUCCAUUAGAUCUGCUUCUGAUAAAGUCUUCAGUUGAAAUAAAGGAUACUUUAAAUGAGUCAGAGCUGGCCGGUGAGACUGGUUGAAUUCAUAAGAAAACAAAUGGUUGUUCAUCACAAUUUUCUAGCCAGAUCAAUUGAUGCCUGCAUCAUUUUGGUAGUGGUUUUAUAAUAAUUUUAAAACUUUCAAGAAAAGAGUUCACAAUUUUUUAUUUCGGCACUGAAUGAAAAAAUUGCUCUUUAAUAAAUAAUGCUGAGCCUAAACUGAGUCCUCUUCAUUUGCAGCACCUCAAAGAGCCAGACACGACGGUGCACUACUUCGUCUCAGGAAAUGGUAAUUUUUACAGUGGGAGGAAAGGAUACGACAAAGCCGUGCAGAAAUCACUCCUGUAAGUCAAUGAUGUUUCUUUGUUUCAAAUCGCCACUGAAUUAUUUUUAUUCUCGAAACGGCUUUUAAAGAAAACUAUCAGCUGACUUUUUUAUAGCAAGCUCUAAGAUCAUGUUGCAGACGCUGGCGGUUAUCUUAUCAUUUAUAAGCGUCAAUUAACUUGUUUAUACAAUGGGCAUAGGUCCAUGGCCAGAGUUUUUGAUAGAUAAUAUGAAUUAGCGGUUGGUUUGCGCCAGUUCAAGAACCGAAGAGUCAACUUACAGCUCGACUUACUUUAUUACAUAUACAGUGUCUUGAACUGGUAGAGGCGUAAAGAUAGAAUAUAAUUUCAAAUCACGAACACUGUACAUAACCAACGAUAAGUUUCUUUCACCGGUGAAAGUCUUAAGCCAACUCCAGCUAAUGAACACCACUUUCCAAUCCGCCUCACGGAUAAAUAAACCCUUCCAAAACCAAAAGUAACCCGGGAUCGCUUUGGUUUUGCUUUACUUCGCUCUGUGAUCCGUCCAGAAAUUCGCGCCACUUUCUUAACCAAUCAGAUACAAUGCUGAAACCAAUCACGACUUGGUUGCCCGCGUUUUCCCGCGCAUUGGACAGUUUGGUUGGUUUUACCUUGAGUUCUCAUUGGCUCUUCAGGGUAUUUUCCUUUCUUCUGACUGGCCUUAAAAACAAUCAUUAAUUCAUUGCUUUUAUAUCUCUAGGUUUUUCAGUGGCGUUUCUGGAGGAUUUACGUUGCUCCACGCCACUCCUGGUUCACUUCAAAUCUCACAAAUUGACAGCAAUGGGAAGAAGCUGAACACCACGAAGUUAAAAUCAAGGACCAAAACCGUGAAAGGGGUUAAAAAUAUCGACUUCUAUCCCAAAUGUGCUCCGUAUUUAGCCAUUUUGCUGGUUAUUGUUGGUACUCUUGGAGCAAGAAGUCUUAUACAUACAAUUAGGCCGUUGAAAACUGGAAGCCGAAGGUGCUGGAACAGGACUGACAGCUUGAGAGGAAAAUGUUUAAGGCUCUGCAAUAAUAAGAGACCAUAUUUGAAGGAAAUAGUUAUUUAGUUCUUUUUAUUAGUAUGCAAAAAAAUUAGAUAAAUUAAACUUGGAGAAAUUAUAUUUAGGGAGAUAUGCUCUUACCUGAUAAUAGUAACAAUAAUAAUAAUAAUAAUAAUAAUAAUAAUAUGAUAAUAAUAAUAAUGAUAAUAAUAAUAAUAAUAAUAAUAUGAUAAUAAUAAUAAUAAAUAAUAAUAAUAAUAAUAAUAAUAAUAAUAAUGCUAAUAAAAAUAAUAAUUUAAGAAGGAAGAUAUCAGUUGAACAGUGUAGUUGGCUUCGAGCGUUGUCUUAAUGCUUUGGCUAUUUCGGCGGGAUUGCGGAUAGCCAGCCAUUGCUUACGCUUUUAUCCCAUGAGCAUGAGAGAACGAUGAGCGUCUAAUUUCACCUUACAGUAUCGUUACUGAGUCGAAAAUUUAGGGCAUGAGAAUAAAAGAAGGGAUCGCUGCAUAAAGAAUCUCUUGGAAAAUACCAGCUUGAAAAAUUUAGGCUGAAAUUUUUCAAUCAUCCACCCAAAAUGACAGGACAUCACUUCGAAUUCACCAUUUUUCAUACUCUUCCCUUUUCAGCUCCUUUGGUAUUAGUGACAAGGGGAAUCCGUUUAGCAAUCAGAGCUUCUUAGGUUGAUGAUCAUUUCCUUUUAUUCUCAUGAUCUUAAUGAAUGAUUCAGCAGUAUUACUGUAAGGAGAAACUGGAAGUUAGUCACUCUUAGCGUUUAAAGGGUUAAGCAAAUGAACUGGCUUGUUUUAAAGUGACCAUGCUUUGAGGAGCUGUGAAUUCGAUAAGAAUGGCGAGGGUUAAGGAAAUGAACUGGCUUGUUUUAAAGUGACCAUGCUUUGAGGAGCUGUGAAUUCGAGAAAAAUGGCGAGUUUCUUUAAGUUCCAGGAAAGCUAACUUUAACUUUCACGCUCAGCUAUGUGCAGAUAAGUGAUAUGUCUGCAUUUUGUGCUCAUAUUGCUGGUGAUUUAGCGCGCAUAAGGAAUGUUUUUACACACGAAAAUGCAGGGAAGCGAAAGACCCGCGGCUUAGGUCCUUCAGCUCAAGAAAGAAGAAUACAUUCGGUAUUGUUGUGAUCAUGUGAAAUUUUCUUUUACGCGGACUAUCUUUUAAUUUUCGAAACAGCUGUGUAACGAAAUAAAAUUGGCAACCACAGCCUACGGAUUCUAGUGGUGCUUGCUUCACACUUAAGACAAUUUUGUGAUUUGAGCGGGAGCAAGCUCGUCACAGCCCCAAAUAUCAAUAACUAAGACAUAGUACCUUUACCCUCAGUCACUUUUGCUGAGAAAACUUUAAACGUCAGAAAUUAAUGGCAAAAAGGUCUCUGCGUUAAAAUGCUUGACCUUUCGACUCGUACGAGUGACUAGCCACUUAUUUCUAGGAAAUAUCACCAACUAAAGAAGCUCUUGGUUGUUGAAGAAAUUCUCCUCGUCGGUUUCUUAAGAAUGUAUGGAGAACAGUAUGGAGAAUAUGCAUAAUCAUGUGAGGGAGUAAAGGGCUGAAAUAAAUAGCGCGAUAGGAUACCUUGGGGAAAGAGUCGCUCAUCGUGUUUGUCACAAUCAAUCGAGAAGUCUGGAAUCAGUCGAGUCUAAAGGAACGGGCGGCCAGCCGGAAGUAACAACGGAGAGCACACCAUUUGUUCAAGGGAAAAGCUUUCACAGCACCGCGACAACGGAUCACUUUUCAUCCCUCUAUAAAUAAACUCAUAACCUUUAUUUUAAAAUUCAAAAGGUUGGUGAUUACAAUUGUUAAUUGUUCAAAGCGAGAAUUUGUGGCUGGAGGUGUUCGUUCAUUUCGCCGCGGCCUCUCCUAAACAUCCUUUGGUUCGUUUUUGUCUGAUAAGUGAAAAAAGAUGCUUAUUGUGUUUUUUGCCCUUUUAGUAAAAAUAAAUUGAAGAGCCCUUUGUGAGCUAACGUGCUUUCCGGUUUGGUUGGAGAUCGGUUCAGUUCGGUUCGAAAGUCAGUUUCCACCAAUCUAGAUAUGCGGAAACUCUCUAAAUAAAUUAUCACUUCGAAAAAUAAGCCCUUUUUCUCUUGAAACCGCGGCUUUAGCGAGAACUAAAUAUGGAGAUCAUAAGGAUUCAAUUACUUUACACUAGCCGUCUUUUCGUUUUAAAAUAACAAUCUUUAUACAAUCAAUAUGAGAAAAGACUUCAGUUUUUAAGGAUCAGUUCACGCUAUUGGGCAAGAUUUUACCUUUAAAAAGCAAAAUUAUAGUGUCAAGCGCAUGCAUGCUUUAACUAUUUCAAUUACACCAAGGUGUUGACUUAAGCCACUUAAAACACAGGUGCCAUUGCGCGUGCGUAGAUCAUGAGUUAAAAUUUACGUCAUGAAAGGUCUUAUUAUGACAGCUUAAUGAGACAAGUAAGAUUCGAGAGUUCAAUUAUAACAUGAAAAGCCACAGAGGUGGAAUGUAGAACAAUCGAAAACGACUCAUGGCAGGAGAUGAAUGGAGGAGGUUAGAAUCUUGUUCCUGUUUCUGUUCUCACAGAUAUGUUUCCAUGUCGGCGCUACAGAAUAUCCAAGACUCACGUUCGCUGCGAUUGGAGAUUUCGGUGGAACUCCUCUACCGCCAUAUACCACAUACAUGCAAAAGAAGAUAGCCAAAGUGAUGGGGAAGGUGAGUGUUCAAGAGUCGCUUACCGACUUUAAAACGAUUUGCUUAUCAGAGUUCUGAUCCGUUUUAUAUUUUGUGACCGGUUGCUUGUACUUCUCUAUUCAAUUUAACUGGUGUUUUGUGUUUCAAGGAGCCUGAGAAACAAAACUAUUAGCGUCUCUGCCAAAGCCUAUGUAAUUGUUCGCGAGGCGCGCCGAGAUAAUCUAGCCGAAGUGAAAAUAACCCAAGUCGAAACUAAGGCGCCUAAAGUUAAUUUUUAUUAAUCGGAUGACUUAGUCGGCCAAAUCCUCCGGAAACCUUGAAGUGGUCAAGUUCAGGAGGGUGAUAAAUUAUUGACGGGAAUACCAACUGAUCCUCAGGCAACUGAUCUUUCUAGCUGGUUCGUUAGCUGUCGAUUUCAAAUAACGCUUACAUGGUAACCAAUGUUUCAUAAAUUUAUUUGGGUGAAACUGCUCCCAUAGAGCUGAAACAAACAACAGAACCAUUUGAAUAGAAUUAAAAUCUAGUAUUUAUGGUCUAAAAAUGUAAAUUUUUACUUUAAGUAAUGCUUGACACGGUAUUUAAGGUUGUAGGAAAUUUUUCAUUGCAAAUUUUUCUCAUUUAGUCGAGACGAAAAAGCGGAGUUGACGGUAUCCUGUUUGAAUUUAAAUAAAAUUUCACGUUGGCAAUUUUGUUUUAUAGAUCAUGGAAACUAUGCAAGCCAUAGCACAUUCAGUACACGGCAACCAAUGGUUCGGAAUUUUUUAACAAGGAAUAUUUCUCGUAGAACCGAAACUAACAAUUGUGAUAUCCUUCUCGAAUUGAGUAAAAAAUGUCACAAAUUUGGCUCGUAAAACACUUGAAGAUAAUUUCUGCCAGUUCUUAUCGCCAUCGAGAUUUUUUCAGUAAUUUAUGAAUUGUAUCAUAUUAGCAACUUGAAUAUUUUCUUCAUGAGCUCUUGCUAAGAGAAAGCUUAUUUCCGCUUGAACGUAAGGUAAUAAAAUUCUCAUUUUCAAUGAAUGUUGAUCACAAUUCGUAUGAAGAUCCAUGAAGGAUUGAUUUUUUUCGGUAGAUCAGUGAAUAUUUGGAUAGAUGUCCUCGGAAUAAACUUGCUUUUAUAGAAAACUCGCUCUCAGUUUUCCCAAACACUUAAGUGAGCUGUCACCUGAAAACAAGUGUCAAGUUAUUAUCUUUGUCUUAAACGUUUGCAUCUGGAAUAUUCCUCUGUAUCAUCUGUCCUGGGCGCCUACUAAGUCUUAAGUAAAUAAUACGUUAUUUGACAUGUAAGGACAGUUUAGCGAAGUAACUAGUUACUGAAAUGCUCUAUAAACGAUUCAAAACGCUUUUGCUGAGCACAAUGCAUUUAAUCUAAAUCAGCUUUAAUGAAUUCCGCAUUUACAAGUGCCUUGAUUCAGCUGUUGUUUAAUUUGCAAAAAGUGCUUUUUCAGCUGUGCUGUUCGAAUUCAAAACUUCACUUAGGACUUUCAGUGCUAAAUCAGUGAGAAUGAGACUUUUCUUUGACAUGGGUGUCAGAGGAUAAUUUAGUGACCAUUUGGUCGCGAGAUAAGACUCGCGCCAAACUGGAGCCGUUGCGAUAAAGCACUCAUUUUAAAGGACACGUGAUUGAAACUCAACACCAAAGGAACUGAUAAUUUUCGGCAAGGUGAAACCUUAAAUCCAUAUCUUCUUUUGAACACAAGAUGCCUCUCCUGCAUUAGAAAAGAGAAAUUUUUCAAUCUCACUCAAAUUUGAGCCAAAGAAAUCAGAGUGUUUUAAACAGUUCACUCCUAAUAACUCAAACCCAAGUUAUCUCUAUCUUCGCAAUAACAGCCAAAAUCGAUUUCCUAAGGGUUUCUUUCACAGACUUAGCGUGUUUUUACCUUCGGUAACUUGAACGUUAUUGAACUAUAACCUAACGCGGACUCAAAACAAUUUUUGUUUCUCCUGGGAUCAUUUUCUGUACAAUUUUACCCUCGAUAACCCGAACUAGAGUUAGACAAUUUAUAACAAGUUCUUACACGGAGCAUCCAAGUCCAAAAUCAAGAAAAUUGAAUUGAUUUAGUAGCAUUCGUAGAUUCUUUUUUUUUUCUUAUUAUACAUCACUCAAAACGGCUAUUUUUUACCGGGUUUUACCGAUUUGAGACUCUAUUUUUCAAACUAAGACCCUCAAGAACUAAAUUUUGAUUAAACGUUCGCUGUAUGACUAGAGAUAAAGGAAACACUAUUUUUGCUAAUUUCCUCUUAUUUGUUCUCAACUCAAAAUAGCUCGUAUUCUGAUUGAUUCAAACCUUUUUUAGUUUCCUCUGAAGGUUCGAGUUAUCGGCAGCCACUGAACAGUAUUCGAGUGGGUGGCAAAUUUAUGCGACGCAAAGCUAAAUAAAGUAAGUUAUGUUAAAAAAACAAUCUUUUUUGGUGGUUCCUGUUGAAUGAUAGAUUUCAUCUUCCGAUAUGAUUACACCGGUUAUCGGUUUAUAUAUGCCAUUGUAUCAAACUUAAGUAGUGAAAAUCCUCAAAGAUAAUCAGCACACAAUUAUAAGUAACACACCUUAGUCACUUAUCGAGGGGAUAGACUGAAUAAAUCGGAAAAGAUGUUUUAACUCAUGUUGAAGAAUUCUCAAAAUCCACGCUUAAACUAGAAUCUAAUCAGCUUCAUAUGGUGAGCGCCCAAUAAUCCGAUUUGCAAGAGAAAAAAAAAAAAGGAAAAAAGGAAGGGAGAUUCACGCAUAGAGGGCAAACCUCACGUAACAUUGCGAGACAUGAAAAUGGGAUUAAUAGCCCCCCCCUCUAGAAGAAGAAACCAACAUCGUGCGAGUGACGUCACGCAUGGCUAAAGCUGGACAAAUUUUUCAUCACAGCUUAGUAGUAGAUUUAAAAGAUUGAUUAAUCUGAUUUGCGGAAAGCUGACGCUAUCUAUGAUUCAUGAAUGAAAUAUUCUUAAGAUUCUCACCCAACCGAUAAGGGUUAUCGAGUAUGAAACAUAUUGCAAUCUGAACUAUGCAAGUGACCUCGCACUGAAUGCAUUCAGGCGUCUGUAAUUCUGUUUGAAUUAAAACUGAACCAGCAAAUAAUUCCGACACAGUGAGGCUUAAACUGCGCAACGCAGGGUUAGAAGCGAUAUUCCCUAAAUGUUAGUUAACCCUUUCACUCCCACAAGUGACCAAGACAGAAUUUCUCCUUACAAUAUCAAUACAAUAUCAAGCAGGCAGGUGAUGAGAAUAGAGAAGAAUAUCAAUCAUGGGAUUAUUAGCUGAUCCAAUACCAAAUUCUCUGAACUAACAUCAUAAGAUUUGUAUGGCAGAUAGUAAGGAGAAUUACUUAUCAGAUCUUGGUAGUGAAAGGGUUAAUGUUGUUGAGUGUAUGUCCCCCCCCCUUCCUUCGAUACGAUGAAAAGUGAAAUUAACCUUCAGACAACGUUUUAGAAUUGUCAGAGAAGAAAGAAACCUGAAAAAAGUCAUAAUAAUAAUAAAAAAAACUGUUUGUAAGUGUUUUUUCCCAUCCGCUUUUAAGACAAAAGAAGGGUAAGAAACUUAAAAGCCUUCAGUCGACACGAAAAAAAGCUUAAGCUUUAUUCACAGACAUUGCACUGUUCCUCGAGCUUCGCUAUCAGGAACUUUACGGAACGUGUAAUCUCUGCGGACAAAAAUGCGAGCACAUUUCAGCACUUAAUGGGUGUCUUGUUAUUUGUGAAAGAAUCUCUUUAUUUUCUAACUGCUGGGUUAAUAUAAGGGUAAAUGGAGAAGUAAACAAGUCUGAAAGUCUGUAAUAAAACGACUUGUUCAAGCUUCCUAUUAUCUCUUCUGAGUUCCUUUUCAAAACCGCUGGAAAUUUUAUAAAAUGCAUAAAAAGAACUUGGCGUCUUUGACGCGCUUAAGGCUUCAUUCUCUACGCAGUCUCUCAUAAAGCCGUUCUGGGAAUAGUUAAUUUCAUGCGCAAUUUGAAACUUCAGCUUAAGUGUUCGAAUUAGUUAUUUUAACUUCGCAUUUGAAAUUUUGCAGUUUUAUCACAGGUAACCCAUGCUCGCGCAAAGAGCCUUCAUAAAUAUGCAAAUAUGUUUACGUUGCGCAAUGGGCGAAAUAUGAGGAUAAAAAGCUGAACUAGUUUUGAAUGAAGACAAACGUACCUCACUUAAGUGGUUGACCCUUGCAUCAUGUGAGUUAUCUGAGCUAAUUUAGGGCCGUCUAGCUCAGUUUAAGUUCAUCUGCUUUGUCUUCUAUAUAACCCUUCAUAGAGAGCAAAGAAGAUAAACCAAAAACAAGUUAAACGGCCCUAAAUCAGCCCGUAAAAGAGUAAUAAUCGAAACUAGGAUAGAAGGCUUUUAAACCAAACUUUCCGCAAACGCCAACAACAAAAUUAACUUUUUAAUUUGAAGCUUUCUUUUCCUCUCCGUAGCCGUUGAACAAAUUCAACAGAUAAUAUCUUCUGAUCACGAAAAAUAUAAGCAUUUUCACCAUACUUCACAUUCGUUUUAAAAACAGACAGCAGGAAUUUGAUUCUUUCUGUGUGCAGUUUCCAUUAGCGUGAACCCAAGUUACUCAAUACUGACUCGCCAUUUUAAAAUUGCCAGACAGCUCGACAAAGAUUGUUGAAUGAUGUUUGUUUUUCCUCAUUAUUUCUAGUACGCAGACUUAAAAGAAGUAAAAUUUGUGCUUGGCUUAGGCGACAAUUUCUAUUAUGAAGGUGUGAAGUCAGUGGAAGAUCCCCGAUUUUUUUCAACCUUUGAGCACGUGUAUACGAACCCCGCUCUUAAAUCAGCCACGUGGUAUAUGAUCGCUGGAAACCAUGACCACGCCUCUAAUGUGUCUGCACAGAUAGCCUAUACUAAGGUGUCCCACCGCUGGCACUUUCCGGAUUUCUUUUACUCUAGAGGUAAGGUUCUCACUUUCAGGCUGUUUCUGAUCAAGCACUUUGUAAUUCUUAACCUGCUGUAAAACUGAAAUGCAAUCUUUUGUCCCAGGUUGGCAUUUUAGACACAACAACUCCAGAAACACACAUUCCUCUGUAGAUUUGCCACGUUUUUUUUUAUCAUUACUUUUUUUCUUGUCUGGGUAUUUGAACUAUUUCUAUCGAAGGGGCUCUUCACGCAACAUUCUGAUUGAAAGAGGGCAGUGAAGAAGUUUUAUAAUUUGUCCAAAUUUCUCACUCUUAAGUUAAGGUGAAGAAUAUCGAUACUUGCCUGUGAACUAUUCUAAAAGCGGGCUUAUUGACAGAAAUAUUGUAGAGCUAGGCCGAAGAAUUCCCACAGAAGAAAACCACCUCACUUAUGCAGAAAAAAAAACAGAAAGGAAGAAAUGACUCCUAGAAGGACCCAAAACAUUAUUAUGCCACUUGGCGGGGAAGAUAAGAGUUUCUUUAUCAAUGUAGUGAAUGUCUAAGCACGGCCGAACGGCACUGAGUCUGCGAGCAGACCUUCAUAAUAAUAAGCGCUACACGACGCGUGUUUCCCCUGCCGUGUGAGGAUUUGAGACGAGUCGGGUAGAGGUUUGCAGGGGGUCUGGCACUAAUAUAAGUGACAGAACAUCUUGCAUUCCUGCCGCUGGCUUGCGUUGCUCAAGGCUUCAUACUUGAGGGAUCCACCUUUAGCCAUAAAAACUGACAAAUUUUAACCGUUUGUCGAAUGAAAAGUUCAAGAAAUGAAUCGCUAGCAGUAAAAUGGCCAAAAUCUUAACCAGUAACCAUAAAAUCCUACCCAAAAACUUUUCCGCAGGUAAAGAGAUGCUCGCAACGAUGCGCUAGCACGCCAAUCAAACGGUGUCUUUUGGAAAUUUUUUGUCAUGAUACAAUCUAAGUUCUCCCUUUUCUUUACUUUCCAUGCGGUGAUUAUUUUUGUUUGCUAAAUACAAAAAUGAGCUCAUUGCCCUGUGCUUCAAAGAUUGUACGAAACACAACUGAAUUCAAAGAUUUGCUUCAAAAUACGAUUUUUUUUUAUUUAAUCUGCCCUGUCUCCUAUUUCUUCCUCUCUUUCCUGUUCUCCUUUUUCUAAAGUUUUACUCUGUAACAUCAUCAAACCGUUAGAUGUGUUACAUAGCAUAUGAUCUUUGUGUUCUUUUCAGUAAUGCAGAUCCCUGGAUCAACAAAAACUGUUCAAAUUGUAAUGUUGGAUACAACUCUGCUCUGCUGUAAAAAGUAAGUCUUUUCACAUUCCACCUGAAGUGUAUUCGUCCUUUCAAACUUCAAUUUUCUAUACAUAAUAUACCCACCGGUCCUGUUGACCGAGCAUUAGGGAAAACGAUAUAGAGGCAUAGAAGCCUGUUCCUUUUUUUUUUUUUUUUUUUUUUUUUGGGGGGGGGGGGGCCUUUUAGGUCUAAAAAAAGAAACUUGCACCAUAGAAUUGCAAAAUUAUCGCGAUUUUCUUGCUCAGAAGGUGAUUUGCGAUCCCAUCGUCGGAAAUACAGGACACGAUUGUUCUUGUUACCGAAGAGAUACGAAAUUCUUAAAAUCGGUUUGAAUCUUUUUUGGGAUAACGGCGGGUAACCAAGAACAAUCCAGGUUUCUCUUCGUCCGACCUUGUCGCGUUACAAACUGUUAACAAAAUUUAACGUAACGACAAACAUGGGUUCAACAGGAUUAUCAAGCAAGUGUAAAAAUAAAGCUACAAGAUAUUAAAUAACCUUUUUACAAGAUUGAAUUUUAAAUUUACUGGCGUCUUCCGGAUGCCAAGAAAGUGUCCGCAAUUAGGUGAAUUCCGUAAUUUUUUAGAUACACAAUUUGUCUCAAAACAGUAGUCAAAGUUACAAACGAAUCUCCAUGCAAUUUACAGCCAUCAGAUACCUUGUUGGCUGCUUUCUUUUAACUUUAUUUCUCUCUUAAUUAGUCAAAAAAAGUUGAAGAAUCUGCCGAGUCAAAAAGAUCAGUUAGAAUGGAUCGAGCGAACGCUUAGAGACUCAAGGUGAGUGAAACCAUUGUUAUGUUUAAGAUAUUUAUGUGAAAGGUGAGAUGAAAUCCUCUUACCAUGCCAUUUAAUCAUACUUCAGAGCAGAUUAUCUGAUAGUAGCUGGCCAUCAUCCAGUCUUAUCAGCUGGUAUCCAUGGCAGCACUCUGUAUUUGGUAUCUAAACUUAAACCACUGCUGGAGGAGAACGACGUCACAGUUUAUCUCAGCGGUCAUGAUCACAAUCUACAAGUAAGUGAGAGCUAAUUCUAAUCUUGCGCAGAAGCGAUUCGCCCUCAAAUUAUUCUUAUUGUACUGUUUCUAUCAACAAAAUUGUUCUUGGCGUAAAUUUCUCGAAUGUUCUUUCAACCUUUAUGUCUGCUACGAUUACAGAAGGGACACUUCCGUUAAAUUUUCCUAGUCCCGAGGGUCUGUACUGUAUGGCGAUUUACUGUACUUACGAGAACGUGAAGAAUAACAUUCGAAAUUUUUUUGGUUUACCCUCAGCAUCUCAAGGAAGAGCACUCUAACGUGCACUACUUUGUGACAGGAAAUGGAAAUUUCUUCAAUGCAUUGGAAGAACACAAGUGGAAAGUAAAAUCGUCACUGAAGUAAGUACUACGAAUCGAAUCAGUUGAUCUGAGACAAUCUAAGACUUCAUUUUCUUCCUGGUUAGAUCUGUUUGUUCCAUUUGCUCGUACGAAUUACAAUCUGUACAGCUGCAAGUGUGUCUAUCUCACUGCAUAGUGUCAGUCUGUCUGUUUGUCUGUAAGGAUCUUCAUUUUAUUUGUCUGUUAUCUGACUUAGGUCUGAUGGUCGGUUUUCUCAACUAUCUGCUGUUCUCACUUUUUCUACUUUUGUCUGUCUGUUGGUCUUUCAAUGUGUUUGUCUUACUGUUGAUUUUGUCUGCCUGCCCUUACCCUUGUUUGUCCCCGUGUUUUUCUCGACAGUCGUCUACCUGCAUAGAUAGAGAUUUGUCUGACGAAUAGCUAAUUGCUGCAAUUCUCGUCCUUUUUCCCUGUCUGACUGUUUGCGUGUCUGUCUGUUUAUUACGGUCAUCCAUUUUGAAAUUCCUUUACUGCCAGAGUGAAUAAACAAACAAAGAACAUGAUCAAUGGGAUAAGAAGCCAUGCACUGAAGUGUGGUCGAGUAAGGACGCUUAAAGAAAAAUCAUAAGAAAUGGAAGUGUAAAAGAUGGUUAAAUUUAUUUGACUUAAGUAUAGGAAAAAGGAAAAAAAUUUGUUUUCCACCAAAGAACGAGACAUUUCGACUCAGCAGUUGGAUCUUUUUCCAGUGGGUAACAGGAAACUCAUCAGAGAUCGAGGACUUAUACUAAAGUCAUGGGUAACAAGCGUCUUUCAUGUUGCUGAGAUGUUAUACAUGUAUCAUUUAUGACUAAUGCACUUCCGGUUUUAAUUGAAUUUCAAAGUUCCAUUGUUUCUUGAGCCUUGUAAUUAGUAGUACCUCUCGAUCGAGUUUCCUGUCUAGUCUGAAGGUCUCUAAGCUCUAAAUUGACAAUGAUGAGGUCAAAAAUAGUUGAAUUUGCAAUGAGUAAUUUAAUUAAAAGUGGGUUUAGUUCAGUCAGGUCGCUGAGAAGUUUAGCCUUCUUUGGAAUUAACUACUUCAAAACCAUCUCGGAUAUAAACGCGAUUUACAGAAGAGAAAACCAGCUUAAUUUUCAACGAAAAUUCUUAACCAUGGACUUUCACCCCUAGCCUGGUAAUAAACAUUGUUUGAAUGACGUGGCAAUGCAGGUUUUAGAAUUUUAGUUCUGCGAUCUCUUUCCAUGGGCCUAAACGCGAUUUACGGGUGAGAAAACCAGCUUAAUUUUCAGCAAAAAAUUCCUAACCAUAGCCUUUCACCCCUAGCCUGGUAAUAAACAACAUUGUUUGAAUGGCGUGACAAUGCAAGUCUUAGAGUUUUAGUUUCUGCGAUCUCUCUCCACGAGCCCUUGUUGCCUUGACCAGCUAUCGGCGUUUUUCUUCAAGACCAGGGUCUAGAAACGAGGCUGAAGUUAUUUCUUGUGCGCCAAGGUGGAAUUGACCUUUGCCUGCCUACGUUAAGAUAGAGAUUAGUUUAUGCGUUUUUUAUGUAUUUUGUUGUUAAUCUAAGUGUGACAUUUUUCAGGUAUUUCAAUGGACAAACUGGAGCAUUUACUUUACUCGAAGCUACUCCUGAUUUUCUUAUGAUCUCGCAAAUAGACGAUAGAGGACGACAGGUGUAUCAAGCGAAGUUAUUACCGAGGACUUCUUCUCAACCACAGAGCGAUGCUGAAAAUACGAUUCUCGACGAGUUCUUCACUUCACAAACUUGAAUCAGAUAGAGUUGUCUGGUUGUAAAAUCCCACUCGAUUAGCUGAAAGUAGUCUCAAAUUUGUGUGUAAAUACGUUUUCAUCAUGAUAGAGGGCAUUUCAACUGAGCGUUUUAAAACCAAAGCAGUCACAGCAACCACUGAGAUGUGACAGUGAUAUUACAAGGAACCAAUCAGAACUCAAAUAAGAUACUUU